AUGGUGAGGGCGGCGUGGCGGCGGCGGCGGGGCGGGUGGGCUGCGGCGGGCGGGCAGAGGCCAGGCGGCCUGGACGGGCGGCAGCCCGUCCGGCGCCGGGAGCGAAUCCGAGUGCUUAGCGGCGCGCCGUGUGGACGGGACGCGGCGCUCGGUGCAGGGGCACGACGCCGGGGGGAUGGGCGCGUGUCCGCGGCGCAGUGUCGGCCGCAGCCGGCGGUGCCGCAGGAGGCUGGGCGCCGGCGCCUGCGGGUGUGUCUGGACGCGGAGACCGUGGCCGUGGUGGCGUCCGGUGCCGAGGUUUCUGAGCACGGACUUGGUGUCUGCUUUCUCAAAAGGCAGGCUGGAGGCAAAGCUGGUAAGGACAGUGGGAAGGCCAAAGCUAAGGCAGUGUCUCGCUCCCAGAGAGCUGGGCUACAGUUUCCCGUGGGCCGCAUCCACAGACAUUUGAAGACUCGAACCACAAGCCACGGAAGGGUUGGUGCCACUGCGGCCGUGUACAGUGCGGCAAUCCUGGAGUACCUCACUGCUGAGGUGCUGGAGCUGGCAGGUAAUGCUUCCAAGGAUCUCAAAGUGAAGCGGAUCACUCCACGCCACUUGCAGCUUGCAAUCCGUGGUGAUGAAGAGUUGGAUUCUCUUAUCAAGGCUACCAUAGCGGGGGGUGGUGUGAUCCCUCACAUCCACAAGUCUCUGAUUGGAAAGAAGGGGCAGCAGAAAACUGCUUAGAGAGUUAUUUUAACCAGCCCUCUUUCCCCCUGUCAUUGUACUGUAACUAGGACAGAAGAAAUAAUGGGGAUAUGUGGAAUUUUAAAAACAGU